GGAGCAGAGCGAAACACCAGCUCAGUCAGAAAUUAUACUUGGGAACGCAACAUUAGCAAGCAAGAUGGCGCUCUCGCUGUCAGCACACCGACAUCUCCCGCUCUGUGCUCGCGCUAUUAGUGCAACAGCUAUGAGAAGCUGGUAUUACUUAAAGGCGAAUGCGUGAUUGAUUCAUAGUUGAGCCAUUGUUGUUGAUAUCAUCAUCAAAGGACAUCGCAUUCGGACGAGUUAAUCUAUAAAUGGGAUGAUACAGUGGACCUGUUCGCGGUUUGCUGCAGCAGCAGAGACCACAGGGAAUAGCAUCUAUUUAAAUACUGUGCGGUAUCUGGUAACCGCACUCACUGUGGCGGUGGCACUUUGCAGUGACAAUCUCUGCACAUUUUCCACAAUUGGACUGCAAUAGGAAAACGAAGCUACCUGCAAUAGUGUCUCUGCAACACCAGUAACUCCCCCAUGGCGAGGAAGAUGUUGGCGAUUCUGCUGAUGGUCAUCAUGUCUUCAUCAUUCUUCGUCCCCGGGUUUGCCCUCAGUUCCCAUUUCAAUUUAGAUGGUGCUCCUCUGAGUGGGCUGUCGUGGCCGUCGUCUCUGGCGGUGGUGGCUGUUUCCUUGUCUGGUCUCUUCACCUUUGUCUUCCUCAUGCUGGCCUGCCUCUGCUGCAAGAAGGGACACAUCGGCUUUAAGGAGUUUGAGAAUGCCGAGGGGGAGGAGUACCAGGCGGACCUGUCCACCCUGGCAUCCCCUGCAUCCCAGAGCGGACCUGAUGUUUACAUCCUGCCCCUGACUGAGGUGUCACUCCCCAUGGCCAAACAACCAGGACGAUCAGUCCAACUCCUGAAGUCCACAGAACUCGGUCGCCACAGUCUUCUCUACUUGAAGGAGAUCGGCGAUGGCUGGUUCGGAAAGGUUCUCCUGGGGGAGGUGAAUGCGGGUCUCAGCACCACCCAGGUGGUGGUUAAGGAGCUGAAGGCCAGUGCCAGUGUUCAGGACCAGAUGCACUUCCUGGAAGAGGCCCAGCCAUACCGUGCCCUCCAGCACCCAGCCCUCCUGCAGUGCCUGGCGCAGUGCACUGAGGUCACCCCUUACCUGCUGGUCAUGGAGUUCUGCCCUUUGGGUGAUGUGAAAGGGUACAUGCGGAGCUGUCGGACUUCAGACACAAUGACCCCUGAACCCCUGGUACUGCAGAGGAUGGCCUGUGAGAUUGCCUCAGGACUCCUGCACCUACACAAACACAACUUCGUACACAGUGACUUGGCCCUGAGAAACUGCCUUUUGACCGCUGAUGUCACAGUGAAGAUUGGAGACUACGGCCUGUCACACAAUAAGUACAAAGAUGACUACUUUGUGACGUCAGACCAGAUGUACGUGCCACUGCGUUGGAUCGCUCCAGAACUCAUAGAUGAAGUCCAUGGCAACCUACUGGUAGUAGGCCAGAGCAAACAGAGCAACGUCUGGUCUCUGGGCGUGACUAUCUGGGAGUUGUUUGAGUUGGGCAACCAGCCGUACAGACACUAUUCUGACAGACAGGUCCUGAUGUACGCUGUGAGGGAACAGCAGCUCCGACUGCCCAAGCCCCUGCUCAAUAUACCCCUGGCAGAGCGCUGGUAUGAGGUGAUGCAGUUCUGCUGGCUCCAACCAGACCAGAGGCCCAAUGCAGAGGAGGUCCACCUGUUACUCAGCUACCUGUGUGCCAAGGGGGCCAACGAGGCCGAGGAGGACUUUGAGAGGCGCUGGAACUCCCUGCGUCCCAACCCCAACGCUGGCCCCAACAACAGCCUCCAUCAUGGGGCAGGAGCCCUGGCCAUUGACCUUCCCUCCUCCUCCUUCCCCCUGCUGGAGCAGUUCUCUGGAUGCGACGGCUACCACAGUGAGUCAGGAGAUGAUAUACUGACCGUGACCGAGACCAGCCACGGCCUGAACUUCGAGUACAAGUGGGAGAAGGCUCGGGCUGGGGCGGAGCAGCCUUACCACCGUGCUGCCUUGUCCUCCAGCGGUACCCUGGGGGCCGUCAACUACCACCGCCAAGACCUGUACUACCCCCCUGGGCCAGGGGGCAUGGUGGGGGGCUGUGGUGGGGUGGCCUACUACGAGCCCAAGAUGCUGCAUGGUUCUGGGGUCGGGGUGGUGCCGGUGCUCAGCACCUGUAGUCCUUCAGUGAGCGCUGAGUACUACGUCCGCAUGGAGGAGCCUGGUGUGGACUGUCACAUCAACAUGGACCUGGACUACACCAUGUGCUCCUACAGCCCAGACUACCAGGGCAGCAACGGGAGCUUCCUGGCAGGCAAUGGCAGUGCAGACUCAGGGGAGUGUAUUAUGGGGAUGGGUGCAUGUCCCUCCCAGGCCCAUUCCCAGCCUGUGGACUCGUACUGGUCGGCAGACAUCCGUAAAGCUGGGGGUGGUGGAGCGUAUGACUCGGACCCAGAUGGAAGCCCGACCAUCUCCCUGACCAUGGAACCCCUGCUGGGGCAAGUCUCUGACUCUAGCCCCCUGAGACCCUGGGAGGCUGGUCAUUACGUCUCCUACAAGGACCGGGAUGGGGGGUUCUACUACGAACACUCACCCCCUAUGGGCAUAGGCCACCACAUGGGUCUGGGUCUGGACCAUCACCAGCACUACCUGAUGGGGCGGGAACACUCUCCCCCUGAGCCCCACCAGGAGAGCUGGGGGUCCCGGAGCCUGCGUCAGGCCCUGGGGGAACUGGAAAACCCUCUGGGGAUAUCUCCCUCCAUCAGUACCCCUCCCCAGGGUGGUGGUCCUCCUUUUGGAGUAGGGGACCCCUACCUGGAGACGACCGAGGGACCAGGCUCCAUCAUUGGGGGGAGUAGCGUCACUGGGGGUUACUAUGACAUGAUGGGUUCUCUGAGGAAAACCAUGUCGACCAUGCCAGGCCACACCCACUCAGUCAGCAUCACCAUGGCGUCGGAAGACUCGGACGAGGAAGAGGAUAUAUUCUCAGAGAGGCAGAGAAUCAACAGUAGUAACACCUGGCCCUCUAAUCUCUCUAACCAUUGCACUAACAACAACAGUCUAGGCCUGGGCCGUAGUAGACAGGCUGGCUGUAGGCAACAACAGGAUGCCUAUGUAGACUUCCUCUACACUAUGCCCACUACCGACAUAGAGGACUCGUGGCCUGAGGAGCACAACCUGACCUUCCGCUCCUCUGUCUCUGCUGCAGUUAAACCCAUAGACUGCCUGGAGGCUACGGCGGCUUCGGCUAAAGACAGCAGCUGUCUAUCCCUGGGGAAGCAUCAUACCCUGAUACCCUCCGACGACGCCUACAACACCUACAUCUAUCUGUGCCAUGAGAGGGAGGGGGAGAGGGAGGUGAAGCCGCCACCAAUCGAGUGCUGCCACUCUCAUUUCGUCGACCCCCUUACAGGCCUAGUGGUGCGAAACUACACCUGUGAUGGCUACAGAGAUCAGAUUGUAGAGAUGCUCAACAACGAGGAAGAGAGUGUGAAUCUGUCUCCAGCACCGGGAGGGCCUAGUGUGUCUAAAUCAACCCUGACACACAACACUAACACAACCACAACCGUAACCAACCUUGACCACCCUGAGCAGUAUGUUGACAUCACUAUGGACGAUGCCCUUUCCAUAGACCACAAGCAAGAGGUUGUCACAGAAGACAAAGGGGUUCUCACUGAUCCUAAACCAGAGGACAUGACUAUGGCUAUGACUGCCCCACUUCCCUCAGUGAAUGUGCCUGGCCUAGUCUGCUUGGUUGAGCCAGAGUCAGAGCUGAGCCAUACGUUAGACAGCGGCCUGGACAGAGACCACUGCUCCAGCAUCAGUCUAGUGGACAUCUCCGACUGCUAUACCGACGACGAUGAUGAAGACGAUGACAUUACUGACGUGACCUCAGGGAUCUUUGCUGACGAGGCGUCGUCCGGGGACCAUAACGCCUCCCCCUCCUUGGCCCGUCCCCUCAAGUCCCUGCAGAAGCAGGUGGGAACACCCGAUUCCAUGACUUCCAUGGAUUCCAUGGACCUGAUGCCUUUAGCGGCCAGCUCCACCACAGAGCCAUUCAGCCCUGCCUCCAGCUCCUCCCACCCAUCUAGUUCCUCCCCCAAGGCAAUGGAUAGCGGGUACGACACAGAGAAUAACGAGAGCCCAGAGUUCGUCCCCAAGGAGCCCCACAAUGAGCCCCGGGACCCAAAGACAUUCACCCAGCCACUUGGGGAGUCUGUCCUGGACACCAGCCUGGAUGAAGAGGGGGAGGAGGGGGGAGAGGAGGCCGAGGUGGCCCCACCGGAGGAUGAGGAUGAACCUACCCUGGAUGAAGAUGUGACUCUAGCAGCCUCACAGACCACAGACAAAGAGAAGGAGCUGGCCCCCCUCAGUGAGAAGAACCCUUACAGGGACUCUGCCUACUUCUCUGACUAUGAGAAUGAGCGCCUUUCCAGGGAUGAUGAGGAUGAGAAAGUGGGGGGUGAUGAAAAUGUAGGAGUGGAGGAGGGAGAAAAGGAGGAGAGCCUGACAAGGAAGAGGGAACUCAGCCCUCUUCGUAUAGAGGAAGAGGAUGGAGAGGGGGAGAUGAGCCUGACAGAGAAGAGGGAACUCAGCCCUCUUCAUAUAGAGGAAGAGGAGGAAGGAGAGGGGGCGGUGAGCCUGACAGAGAAGAGGGCACUCAGCCCUCUUCAUAUAGAGGAAGAGGAGGAGGGAGAGGGGGAGGUGAGCCUGACAGAGAAGAGGGAACUCAGCCCUCUUCAUAUAGAGGAAGAGGAGGAGGAGGAGAGUCUGACAGAGAGGGAGCUCAGCCCUCUUCAUAUAGAGGAAGAGGAGGAGGGAGAUGAGACCUCAGCUCUUCUGGAGGAGAGUGAAGACCCAGAGAUGGAGGGUUGCCUUACAGAAGAGUGCCACCAUGAUGAAGGGCUGGAGCUGGGGCUAGAAUUGGCCUCCAAUAUCUCUGGAGAAGUAGAGGAAGGGUCAGAGAGAUGGCCUGCCCAGGAGGAGCCCUCUUCCCUGGGAGACUGGGCAGCAGAGGUGGUGGGGGCUAUGGAAGAAGCCCUGGGGGAACUCCAGAGGAGCAGCAGUACUGAAACCAACUCUGGUACCAAGGAGGAGGAGGAAGAGGAAGGAGAGCGAAGAGACAUGGAGGACUCAUCUGAAGCCUUAGAAUUAGCAGAUGUCCUAGAAGAAGCAUCUUCCGAAAGGUCAGAGAGCAUUGACAAGGACGAUGAUGAUGAAGAGAAUGGACCUCCCGCACGACGUCAACGCUUCUCCUUCUCCUCCCCUCCCUCCAUUCCUCCUCCUCCUCUCCCCCCGAUGACUCCCCCUCCGGUCCGGGUGUCGCUCACAGACGGGGGGGAGGCGGAUGAGGAGGACGGAGAUGGUGACUCGGAUGACAGUGAGUCAGAUGAGGAGCUGAGGUGUUACAGUGUUCAAGAGGAGCAGAGUGGAGGGGAGGAGAGCGAGGAGGAGAACCAUGUGGUACCCAUCGUGGUCAGCGACUGUAGCGAUGCUCAUAACCUACGUAGUCUACUGAAGGUGCCUACGACGCUCACCUCAGAGUCGCUCGCUGAUGACCUGCUGGGACGAAAGAAGAAGGUGGUGUCCUUCUUUGAUGAUGUCACUGUUUACUUGUUUGACCAGAGCCCAACUAAAGAGCUGGCUGAGCAUGGUUUCCCUCCAGAAGCUGAGACCAGUGGACAGGGUUCAGAGAGCAAACAACCAACCUCUGAUGACUCCUCAGACGGAAACAUCUCAGAAGAGAGUGCAGGGUAUGAGUGGGAGGAUGACUUCCCCUUGUUGCCCCUCCCGACUUCCUCAUCCAAGAUGGCUGCCUCCUCCUCAGCCUCAACCCCCUCCACACCCAGCCUGCCCGCCACCUCCAAGGCCCCGGAGCCCAAACCAGCGGUGCAGUACUCCCGCUUCACCGUUUCCCCUAGCCAUGUGUCUCGCUUCUCCAUCACACACGUCUCCGACUCCGACAUAGACUCUGGUCCAGGGAGCAGUGAGGAUGGGGACAGAGAGUAGACAGCCACCCAGGAGCUGCACCACAUAAACUUAUCGUGACUUUUAUGUAGAGCUUUUUGGACAUCAGGUUUCUGAAAAGACAGUGCCUCUUAUUGUUUAUGGUGUGGAAGAAGAGGGGAAAAGAGAAUCAACUCUUAUGAGAAUAUAUAAAAUAAUAUAUGAUAAUACAGUUGAAAUUGGAAGUUUACAUACACCUCAGCCAAAUACAUU